CCCGCCUCGUCCUGGGGCCGUCCCUCCGAACUCGCUGCAGUUAGUGGAACCGGCAGGUCCCAGCGCUGCGGCUGCAAUCCUCGCUCCGCUACUUCUCCUCGGCGGAGCGGGUUCUGGUGCCUCAGCUCCGGUCAGUGCCAUGAUCCGGCAGGAGCUCUCCACAUCCUACCAGGAGCUGAAUGAGGAGUUGGAUCAGGUGGUUGAGAACUCAGAGCGCACAGACGAGCAGGAAAAGGAGAGAGUCAAAGUCCAGGGUUCAGGCAUCUUACCAGCCCUGGACGGAGGGUCGGCCUCCAGCAGCAUCCGUUUCAGCAAGGCCUGCCUGAAGAACGUCUUCUCGGUCCUGCUCAUCUUCAUCUACCUGCUGCUCAUGGCCGUGGCCGUCUUCCUGGUUUACCAGACCAUCACAGACUUCCGCGAGAAGCUCAAGCACCCGGUCAUGUCGGUGUCUUAUAAGGAGGUGGCUCUCUAUGAUGCCCCAGGCAUUGCCCUGUACCCCGGCCAGGCCCAGUUGCUCAGCUGCAAGCACCAUUAUGAAGUCAUCCCCCCUCUGAGGAGCCCGGGCCAGCCGGGGGACGUGAAGUGCACCACCCAGAGGAUCAACUACACGGACCCUUUCUCCAACCAGACCCUGAAAUCCGCCCUGAUUGUGCGGGGGCCCCGGGAGGUGAAGAAGCGGGAGCUGGUCUUCCUCCAGUUCCGCCUGAACGAGAGCAGCGAGGACUUCAGCGCCAUCGACUACCUCCUCUUCUCUUCUUUCCAGGAGUUCCUGCACAGCCCAGACAGGGCAGGCUUCAUGCAGGCCUGCGAGAGCGCCUAUUCCAGCUGGAAGUUCUCCGGGGGCUUCCGAACGUGGGUCAAGAUGUCCCUGGUGGAGACCAAGGAGGAAGAUGGGCGGGAAGCGGUGGAGUUCCGGCAGGAGACGAGUGUGGUUAACUACAUCGACCAACGUCCGGCCGCUGAAAGAAGUGCCCAGUUGUUUUUUGUGGUCUUUGAAUGGAAAGAUCCUUUCAUCCAGAAAGUCCAAGAUAUCAUCACAGCCAAUCCUUGGAACACAAUCGCUCUUCUCUGCGGGGCCUUCUUGGCAUUAUUUAAAGCAGCAGAGUUUGCCAAACUGAGUGUGAAAUGGAUGAUCAAAAUUAAGAAGAGAUACCUGAAAAAAAGAGGCCAGGCAACAAACCAUAUAAGCUGAAGCCGCCUCGUUCAUGGAACUGCCCCGCGUGAAGGGAAGUUGUAUCUGCUUCCCCUUUGACAGACGGAGCUCCCGGCACUCCUGGUCUCUUGCAGACUGGGCCUGCGUGGGGGACAGCCUGCCGGACAGACCCAAUGGAUGACCUAAAAGUUAUUUAAGUACUUAAAUUAUUAAUGAUCAUUUUUGACUCUGGCAUACGAGCAGGGUUUGUGGAAGAUGGAAUUAGGAAUACAGCUGGUCCUCUGAAGGUUGUCAAAGCCGCCUUCUGCUUCGGUUUGGUGUACAGUUCACCCGUGACAGCGUAUUAAGGCUCUGCUGUUUACCUUUUUCCCCUGAGGUUUUGAAAGCGGGUGGAGGAGAGGUGGCUGUCCAGAUGGGUAGGUCGUGCUUUCAAACCUGUGCACUUUCCACAAAGGCAAACACUUUUAUGUCGCUUUCUUAUCUGUUGUUAAAUGAGAUUUUUGAAGCUACUAUGUACUAGUAAUUAGAUUUCCUGUGGACUGACUAGCUACCUACCGUAACAGUUUAGAGUGAUUCACACGCAAAAGCACUAGUACAAAUGUACAAAAGUAGGUGUCUAUUCAUUGUAUUUUGAUGAUUUUUUAACAGGUAAAUAAAAGUUAGGUUAAUACAAAAGGAAUCAGUGUGCCAGGAUGAAUAUCUGCUUAAUCAGUAGGCAACCGUACACUUUCAUUCUGUGACCUCCGGAGAAAGGGUGGCGUGAACCUGGACUCCUGCAAGGAGCGUCUGGACUCCUGAGGUUCGUCUGGACUCCUGAG